UAUGAGGAUCCAUGGCCAUAUGAUCAACUUUAAUCUCCUCAUUACUUUUAAGUGUGAAUUGAUUAAGAUUCAAGCCAGCUUAUUGGACUUGAAUUGUUAUCGCUCACUGACUUUCCUGCGUUGGCUUGUUUAAUCGUUGAAUUUGAUUUAUGGUUAUUUAAUUGUUUUCUUCAACCCAUUAUUUCCCUUCAAUUAACGCUUUGCCAAUUUUGUUUGGAUUUUCCGUUUUACGUAUUGCUCUCUUCAAGCUUACAAUUUUAUGCUAUCAAUGUUCCAAUUUGACUACCUAACUCAUGAUUGAAAGUCUCACUGGAAACGCUUGUUUACUCCUAACAAACAAAAGUCACAACAAUAAUAAUACAUGUGAAAUAUCAUUAAUAGACCUGGAAAUGACUUGUAAAAAUGUUGAUCAGCUUAAGGUUUAAGAAGGACUUGAACAUUGAAAGAAACUAAGACCAUGACUGAACAUAUUUUAACUGUAUCUUAAAUUAAGUUACGAUUCAUUCGCUUGAUCACUCAAAUGGCUAAGGAGAAAUGUGAAUAAAUAAGAUUACAGGAUGAAUUAUGUUAAUUUAGAUUUCAAUUGUGUUUACAUCAAUACCCAGUCAAGUAGUGAACACACUAAAGCAAUGCGCCUGGUUGAGGUAACUGACAAAUAACACGCCAACAUCAGCAUUCUGUGAAUAUUUGCACACUUUCGCAUAAAAAUGUAGACACAGUAAAUGACAAAAUGAAAAAUAUCUUUCAACUCAUCUCUUUAAUCACUGAGCUGUCAAUUAUUAAAAAAAAUGAUUUCUGUAUCAAUGUUGAGCCAGCUAUCAAUACUCUUGCGAAUGAAAAUUAUUGCGUUAUACCCAAAAAACGCAAAGAGGCCAACGAUUUUGCGUUUUCAUCUCAUGUGCUGGUGAGCGUCACUCUAGUUUGUGCUCAAGUUUGAGUUGACUUGGUAAUGAAACAGCAACAGAGCUUCAAAGCUUUCAGUAUGAUGUGAUAAGCAAAUAUUCACCAAAAUUUGAGAAUCACUAUCGAUCUGGAUAAAUUAUUCAAGAUAAAAAAGUUAUUUAAAAACAAUUUGGGACAGAAAUAAAUCAAUAAUCUAAUGAUUGGAGAGAUAAACAAAUAAAAAUGAAAACAAAUCACUCUGGAUUAUCAGGUAAGCAAAAGUGCGAAGGCUGAUUGAACGUCAACAAGUAUGAGAGGCUCAACCAGUGAGGUGGAAACGAAAUUUCAUCUUUUUCUGCUGAAACUAUUGAAUAAUUUACAACUGUUUCACUUAAUCUGAGCUACAGAUUUGGUGUGACAGUUUAAAGUUGAAAAGGACACAUGCAAAUUGGAUAAAGCUUAAAGGUAUGCCUUUACAAACUGUUCCGCCCAAGCUGAAGCUUGAUUCAAAUCUAGUGGUUGUAUUGAUGAAUGAGUUCGCAAUUUUCCCCAAAAAUGUGUGGUCAGUUUGAAUAUUUAGAGACCACAAGACUAGACUGAUUAGGUAAACGUGGAAAUGAAAAAUCUGUGAAAAAUGGUUUUCAGGAAAACUGAUGGUUCACCAAACAAUGUGAUGUAGACGAAUUGUUUAGAGAUUAUUUAGCACUAUUUUCCAGACUCUUGACUAAAUUUAGAUGAUUUUACAAUGUUGUUCACUUUUAAACACGAGUUUAACCAAAAAAUACAUUGGCAAAUGAUCAACUAAUAACAUACAGGGUAAUGUCUGUUAGGUCGCUACUCUAUCGUUCACUUCAUUUCCCACUCCCUUUUUUUGGGCUUUUUUACUAUUAGCUUUUAGAUGAUGUUGUUAUUUAUGUAUUAGAUGAUGGUGGUAGUGGUGGGGGGAUGAUGAUGAUCGUAGUGUUGAUAAUGAUGAUGACUUUAAAGUUGCAAGCAUACAGGGUCAUGUAAUAAAAAAAACAACUCAACUGUUGUCUCUCUUUUUUCUUUCCUUUUCAUCAGAUUUCAGUUGGUAAACAAUAUUACACACUAAUUAGUUUCCAAUUCGGUCAUAUUUACAUUAAAUUAAGGGUCUUCUAGUCCGAUUUAGAGGACCAAACGAGUAUCAAAAGUUUUUUUCACUGUGAAAGCUGUUAUCAACCAAAGACUAUGGUCAUGGGUCAGCUGAUUGUCACCCUAGAGACAAUAAACGAAACAGUUGUGAGGGAAAAGUGCGUUCAGCCUUGAUUCCCUAAACUGUAAAUUUACUUGUUUCUCUUUCUUUUCUUUCUUACCUAUCUUCCAUUCUCUUUCGUAUGAACCACUUUUACAUUUAUUUCUUGCAUAGUUUUUUUUCUGGUUGAUCAACAAAUUGUGUUAUAAGCUAUAACAAAUGUAACGAAAAAUAUACCUACUCACUUAUUUUGGUGUACAAAACUGUUUACAUCAUACAUUUCUUGUGUAAAAAGGGAAAAAUGCCUGUUUUUUUACUUUUGUUAAAUUGUUGAUGUUAAUUGUGAAGAUUUAAUGAUGUUUCAUUCGCGAUCAAUGUUGAGUUAAUAUUCUGGUUACCAUCUUUGUUUGAAAUUUGGCCAAUCUAUGGUUUUGGUGAGGUGAAUUCAUUUACAAGCUUAAUGCCAAGUGGAUCCAUAAACAUAGUGUUUAAUUUUUUUUACCCUGUCCUGCAUACAAUCGUGAAGUACAAUCAUGGUUGGUGUUUACAAUCUUGAUUGAUGAUUACAUAGUACAAUAUGUGGUUACAACCAAAGAAUCAAUUAUGGUAUUAUCAAACCUAGUGUCAAUGGUUAUCAAUUGGUUAAAAUUAAUUGCUUUGAUAGCCUCAGCGAUCUGUUUUGGCUAUGUUUCCAGUCAAAAUUCAUUGUGUCCAUUAUUAUUAAGCAGUGUAUGUCAAUGUGAUGUUAAAAAUUUCAUCACCAACUGUACUGGAUCAAAUAUAACAGAUCUUGCCUGGUUACAUGAUAUUCCCAUUGAAACAAAAACACUGGUUCUUAGUGGCAAUGAUAUUCCGCGUUUACCAAAAGAUGUUUUUGGUUUCAGACGUAAAGAGCCUAAGCCAUUGGAGUAUCUUGAUUUAUCAAACAACAAAAUACAGUUGAUCAAUGGAAAAAGUUUUCGUGGUUUCAGUCUUGUCAAAAAAUUGAUCCUCAACAACAAUCAAAUUCUUAUCACAGGUGACAAUUACCCCAAAGGAUUGUUCAAAGGUUUUCAUGAGCUGACAGAGUUACACUUGGCUUCAUCGUUUGCUGACACUUCUAACCCACAAUUUAUGCCAAACCUGAUAUCUCUUUUAAAGGAAGGAAAUCUAACCAAUUUGAAUAUUCUCAAUCUGGAAUCUAAUGGGAUAACCAAUUUUCCCGACGAGACAGCAUUUUGUACAUUACCAUCUCUUCAAAAAUUAUUUCUCGCUGGUAACUCUCUGGAUCAAGUUCGUGUUAAUUUCACUUGCACGCCGAAACUCAGGACCCUUGAUUUAUCUCAUAAUCUGGUUAAACAUUUAGACAACAUUUCAACCUCUUUUAUAGAUGAUCUUCCCAGAUCUUUUCACAUUAAUCUAACGGGUAACGCAUUUGCCUGUGAUUGUCGCAUGGAUCAUUUUUUAUCAUGGAUCAAAAGAACACCUCUUUUUGUUAUGGGCAAAGACAAUUACAUUUGUCUUUCAGGAUAUCCUGAAGUUAAUGUACAUCGCCGUCUCAUUCAACUAUUACCAGAUGAUCUUGAGUGUGAUCCAGCUUGGAAUAAAUCUUCGACUUUUUCAUUUUACCCUCACAUAAUCCUCGCCAUUCUAACGGUUACAGUAGUUUUACUGCUUGCUCUGGUGCUAUACCAAGUUCGCUCGCAAAUCAUGGAUUUUUUCUUGAGCACUUUAUCAAGCAGUAAAAACAAGAGAUAUUCAGCUCUGCGGAAGGACGAGAAAACUGAGCUGAACUCGGAGAGACGGGUCAUUGAGAUAUCGGUUUAAUUACCCGGACUCAUACCAUUGAUCAUAAAUUUUAUCCAUCACAUUGAUUUAUUUAUGGUUUGGACUUUAAAUUUCAUGAAUAUCUCAAAAAUUGGCCUCAGUCAAAGAUAUUUUCAUGCUCAACAAUAUUUUCUAUCUUCAUAAGUCAUCAGUACAAUUAAAUCUUAGAUUAGUUGGAU